AAGCGCAUGCCGCACACGAGGCCUAUGUCGCCCGCAAAGGAGACGACCACGGCCACGCCGACAACGGGCCGUGCUGCGGGCAGGCCCGCAGGCCAUGCCUAUUCCAUUGACGCCAUUUUGGGCCUGGGCUCGUGCAAACCACCGACCGAGUGUCGAAGCGCGUCGCCGGUCAACAGUGGCAGUGAGAGCGGUUCUGAAACAGGAAGUAAUGCUGGACUGGAGUGCUUGUCAAGCGGAGCAGAGCUAUCCCCGGCCAGCCCCGGUCGCGCGGGCAGCCCAGGAGGUACGCCGAUAGGAGAACACGGCACAUCCCACCAUCAUCACCACUCGUCCAAUGGUGAAAGUUCCUCUAAGAAGAAGCACCGUCGCAACCGCACCACCUUCACCACUUAUCAACUGCACGAGCUGGAACGUGCUUUUGAGAAAUCUCACUACCCAGAUGUCUACAGUAGGGAGGAGCUCGCGAUAAAGGUCAACCUGCCUGAAGUGAGGGUACAGGUAUGGUUUCAAAAUCGCCGAGCAAAAUGGCGCCGGCAAGAAAAGAUGGAGUGCCAGAGCGCUCUGCAGAACAACGUCUCUUCGCCUAUUCAUCGCCUCCAAGGAGGGACCUCCCCAGAGUCCCCUCAGCCCCCGGUCGUGCCCCUGGAUCCGUGGUUGUCACCUCCUCUCUUGCCCUUCUUGCCACCUACGCACCAUUUCUACGGGGCGCCACCGUUUCUACAGGCAGGGUCCCACCCCUACAUAGCUACCAGCACCUCCACUGCCACCUCUCCAUCACCCCUGAAUCUCACCGUGGCUGAACCGAGUGAAACGGACCGGAGGAGACACAACGGUGAAGUGGCCGCGCACGACCAAAACGUCGGCGACCCCAGCGACACUUCUCGCAGCUCUAGCAUCGUUGCGUUACGGCUUCGAGCCCGGGAACACGUCGAACUGCUCUGCAAAGGUGUCGCUACUGUGUGACGUCACCACAGUAACGACAAUGUGUACAUAGAAGGACGAUACUGUCAUGAAAUGAACUGGAAUGUCUGCGAUAUCUGAAAGCAGUGGUUGACCGAAACGGAAGUGACGUCAGUGACUGGACUGAAGAAAGAAAAACAGUAAAAUUGAUUUGAUUAAUUUCAAAGUGACGAUGAUUAUGAUGAUGGUAGGAGAAAAUGUAAUUUGAAAGUGUUCAGCCGCGCUUGUAGUGGUUUUCAACAGCUCGGUAGUGUUCACAAUGCCCAUAGUUUGUUUCAAGAAGAUUAUGCUGUCUUUGUGAACUUUCAGAAACAGUUAGGCCAACUCCGCAGGACUAUAUGCACGACUCACUUGUACAUAACACAUAAUAACGUAUACGAUGUCGGGACUCGUUCUGGAUCCACGGAUCAAAAUACAUAGAUUUAUUGCGGUGAUCCAGUAAAAGCGGUUCGUACUCUAUG